CUGCAGCAUUUGACUCCGCCCCCUCUACCUUCACGUCAAAAUGGCGGCGAAGCGGUGCGAUGCUGGGAACAUGGACCCCGACAUCGAACUCCUUAGCGACGACGAAUUGGAACGGGAAGCCGAUGGCUACAAAGAGCAAGGCAAUGCGUUCUACAUCCAGAAGGAUUACGCAGAAGCCUUCAAUUACUACACCAAGGCCAUUGACAUGUGUCCAAAGAACGCCAGUUACUACGGCAACCGAGCGGCCACUCUGAUGAUGCUGUGUCGGUACCGCGAGGCUUUGGAGGAUUCCCAGCAAGCAGUGAGGCUGGAUAACUCCUUCAUGAAGGGGCACUUGCGAGAGGGGAAGUGCCACCUGUCCCUCGGCAACGCCAUGGCGGCCUCGCGCUGCUUCCACAAGGUCCUGGAGCUGGAGGCCGAGAACAGCCAAGCCCAGCAGGAGCUCAAGAGCGCCGAGUCCGUCCUGGAAUACGAGCGGAUGGCAGAGAUGGGCUUUGACAAGAGAGACUACCGCAUGGUGGUCUUCUGCAUGGACCGAGCUUUGGAGUCUGCCCCGGCCUGCCAUCGGUUCAAGAUACUGAAAGCCGAGUGCUUGGCCCUGCUGGGACGCUACCCGGAAGCUCAGUCGGUGGCCAGCGACAUUUUAAGAAUGGACUCCACCAACGCGGAUGCGCUGUACGUGCGCGGCCUUUGUCUCUACUACGAGGACUGCAUCGACAAGGCGGUCCAGUUCUUCGUACAGGCCCUACGCAUGGCUCCGGAUCACGAGAAAGCCCGGCUCGCCUGUCGAAACGCCAAGGCGCUGAAGGCCAAGAAGGAGGAGGGCAACAAGGCGUUCAAGGAGGGCAGCUUUGACGCCGCCUACGUCCUCUACUCUGAGGCGCUAACAAUAGACCCCAACAACAUCAAGACCAACGCCAAGCUGUACUGUAACAGAGCCACGGUGGGCUCCAAGCUGAAGAAAGUGGAACAGGCCAUCGAAGACUGCACAAAAGCCAUUAAGCUGGAUGAGACCUACAUCAAGGCCUAUUUGCGACGAGCGCAAUGCUACAUGGACACGGAGCGGUACGAAGAGGCCGUUCGAGACUACGAGAAGGUUUACCAGACAGAGAAGACAAAAGAGCACAAGCAGCUGUUAAAACACGCACAGCUGGAGCUAAAGAAAAGCAAGCGGAAAGACUACUACAAGGUGCUCGGCGUAGACAAGAACGCAACCGAGGAGGAGAUCAAGAAGGCGUACCGCAAACGGGCUCUCUUACAUCACCCAGAUCGGCACAGCGGCGCAAGCGCGGAGGUGCAAAAGGAAGAGGAGAAGAAAUUCAAGGAGGUGGGCGAGGCCUUCAGCGUGUUGUCGGACCCCAAGAAGAAGUCACGCUACGACAGCGGACAGGACCUGGAGGACGAGGGCAUGAACAUGGGAGAUUUUGACGCCAACAACAUUUUCAAGGCAUUCUUCGGUGCUCCGGGAGGUUUUAGUUUUGAAGCCUCCGGGCCAGGAAAUUUCUUCUUCCAGUUCGGUUAAGCGGGCCGCUUUCCCGCCAUCCGACACGACCUUAGGACCUGCCGCCGCACGCCGCCCCCUCCGCCCGACCCACCGGCUGUAUCUUUGAGCAGAUGCGGGUGGAUCCUUGUCAUCUCCGUCAAUGCAGCCACAUACAGACACGCUGAAACCAAACUCAAACUAGCCGUACAUCCAAGACAUUUGAAGUGAACGUCGUGCAGCUACCCUUUUUUUAUUAUUUUUUUUUUUAAAGAGGGUCCAUGCGGGAAGUAAAGACUGCUGCCUGCUCUGCAUGAAACUGCAACCCCCAUUUUCUCAUUUGAAGUAUCUAACGGGGACGGUCGCUAAACGGCACCCUCGCUAGUGGGAGCUGCGUCGUGUGUAUGAAAUGACACAUUUUAUAUUUGAAGUUGCCAUCCACAGAUUGCUGCAUUGCACAUGUGACUGGAAUGUAUCAUUUUGAUUUGUCACUUUUGUUUUAUUAUCCUAUUUUGUUUGAUAUUUAUUGUCCCCCCCCCCCCCCCCCCCCCCCCCCUCUAGUGCCAGUCACAGCUUCUUAUCCAAGCAACAAAACACUUGGAUACAAGAAUUUUCUUCGGCCAUUAAAAUGCAACACAAUGAAUAGAUGGGAGCAUACUUAGAAUGGUGUUUAUGAAAAAAAUGGGUCCAGACAUACUUUCUGUUGACGUAGAUAAGGUGGGAAAAAUCGAGGAGUCCUCACCAUUACUGUCAUUAUCAUUUUGGUGAAACCCUCCUGUUUAUAACAGUGUCAAUAAAGUUGAGGCCUCGCCUAUUU